AGUCGAAGACGUCACUAAUCAUUUUCAUAAUAUAUAGGAAAAAAGGACCCUGCUUCAGUUUCAUCUACCUAGAGCUUACCCUGAAGAAAGAGAGGCCAAAAACCCCAAAUAGGAUUAUAGAAAGAUCACCACUACCAUUCACAGAUCAGCCAUGGGAGUUGGAGAAGGAGAAGGAGAAGGAGAGUGGGUGGUGAGGAAACCCAGUCGCAGCGACGAAGUGGUGGAAGCAGAGGAGCAAUUGAGGAUCGCCAGUAAGAUCAAAGAUCAUUUCGACUCCAUGGCACCCAAGCGACCCAUCAAGCCCAACCGCAGCGAACCUGAUUCUUCUUCUUCCUUUUCUACUGUGUCGUCCUUGGAUGAAGAAAACGUUCCUGAAUACCACAAGUUCCUAUCCCUUAAAUCACAACAAUCUGAUCCAAUCUUUUCAGAAGGAUCAUCGUCUGUGCAAGAGGAGUUUGUGGAGACCCCUUACUACAAGGAUUUGAUAUCGAUUGACAAGCAACAUCACACGACAGGGAGUGGGUUUAUAAGGGUGGGAGAAAGCUUCGGAGAUGGAUAUGGUUUAGAGUUGAACAGGGGUGGUCGUGACCAUGUGCGAGCAGGAGAGACGGUGGCUUUCAGAAGCAAUCCAGCAACAAACGAUUGGAUUCCUAGCACCGAAGAAGCGGGCGAGGCCAAUUUCGUCUCUUCCAAACCCAAUCGGAGCGAGAAUUCAUUGGAUGGCUGAACCUUGCAGUCCUGCAUCUUCAUCGUCGACACGAGAGAGAGAGAGAUACUAUUGUGUUCUCUUGGAAACUUAGUCAUGGUUUUCGCCACUGGAAUUUUCUUUUUCUUUUUUGUUUUGUUUUUGAUGGUGGGAUAAACGGAUAAUCCAUGUACUGAUUCUAGCCAGAUCCAUGCAUUAACGUUUUAGGUAUUGGCAAUGGUGUUAAUUCAAUCUUUUUAAUUGAGUA